UGGUUUGAUGCACACGCGAGCCCCCUCUAUUUAAUACGACGAUGCAGCGGGACCACGAAGAAACUCAGAGGACGGCCGGCAGUGGUCUGCUCGAGAGACCUUCGAAGUCCUACUUAAUCCAGUACACUGCACUCCUCACCAGAAAUCCGACUGACAUGGCGGUUCAUCUGACGGAAGCUGACGACUUCAACGCCAUACUCGCCGAGCAGCGGCGGGAACUUGCUGCCGCGCAAGCCGUGGACUCCGACUCGGAGUACGCAUUCCAGCUCCAAAUGCAAGAGAUCGCUAACGCCUCUGCCUCUCUCCCUUCUGCUUCGAGCUCCCAGCCGCCUCCGGCGAACGCCGAUGUCUCGGCCACAUCGCCCGACGUUCUUUCCUUCAGCUCGGCGGCUGUGGUGAUGCUGGAGGAAAUGGAGAGGUACGCGCUAGAGCGCAACGAUAGGGAGCAAUGCAUGGCGGAGUUCAAGCGGAUGAGAGAGGAUCUGGACCGUCGGGUUUAUGAUCAGAAGUUCGCCGCUGAGAUCACCACCAUUCCCGAGGGGGAGUGGCAGAAUUACGGAGAUAACUAUCACAAACCCUACGAAGCCGGCGGCUCUUCUUCCUCUUCCUCCUCUGGAGUUUCCGAAUGCUUCAGGGUUUAUUCAAAGGGCUUGGUGAGUGAAGAGUAUUUUCGAGACAGGAAGAUCCCAGUCGUGGGGAUCGGCGUUGCGAUUUGCGAUUUUAAGGACAAUGUGGUAUUGGAGAUCAAGAAACCCUGGAUCGAAGGCGGUCUGGUAAGCGAGCUCGAAGCUGAAAUUCAGGCGAUUGUUCAAGGGCUUGAUGCUGCCCUUUGUUUGGAUUUGAAGAGGGUGACCUUCUUCGUCAAUGACAAUUGCCUCUAUUACGUAACAGGCCAGAAGUCCCAUGGAUGCAGUAAGGUCAUGGCACUAGUCAAUCAAGCCAGUGUACUUCGCAGGAAGUUCACACAGUGUGAACCGAGUUUGUUGUUGGGGCCAAAUUUUGUUAAAUUUGCGUUUAAGCUUGCAAGAGAUGCUAUUGUUGCUCAAAUCUCAUGGCCUGAAGAAACUCCCUUCGGAAUGAAGCGGAAGGAAACCUGUGCAAUAUGUUUUGAGGACACUGAUGUCUCCAAUAUGUUCUCAAUUGAUCAAUGCUUGCACAGAUAUUGCCUUUCUUGUAUGAAGAAGCAUGUGGAAGCAAAGUUGCAUGAUGGAGUAGCUAUUCAAUGCCCUCAUGAUGGCUGUAAUUCCAACAUAGCAAUUGACAGCUGCGAAAAGUUUCUCGAGCCAAAUUUGGUUUCUAUUAUGAGCCAAAGAAUUAAAGAAGUAUCUGUUCCUGCAACAGAGAGAGUUUACUGCCCAUAUCCUAGAUGUUCUGCUUUAAUGUCAGAAAGGGAAGUUUUGGAGUACUCGAGGACUUCAUUUAUUGGGGCUGAACAAAGUGGAGCCCGGAGAUGCAUCAGAUGCCAACAGUUCUUCUGUCUUUUCUGCAGAGUGCCUUGGCAUUAUAACAUGAGCUGCACGGAUUUUAGAAGUUGCAAUCCCAAUCCUGCUCGUGAAGAUGCAAAGCUCAAGUCUCUUGCGAAUGAGAAACGGUGGAGGCAGUGCAUAAAGUGCAACCAUAUGGUGGAACUUGCUUCUGGCUGCUACCACAUCACUUGCAGGUGCGGGUACGAGUUCUGCUAUACAUGCGGUGCUAUGUGGAAGAACAAGAAACCAACAUGCACUUGUCCUAUCUGGGAUCCACGUAACAUCAUUCGCGGUUGGCAGUAGAGGCGAUGAUUGAUCGGUCGAAAAAAUGGGGUGUUCCUCUUCCUUCCGAAGCUGACAAAGUGAAAACCCCGGAGAAGAAGAGAAAACCAACCUUCUCGUGGUCUAGUUGAACAGUAAACAUGCUUGAAUUCUUAACUCUCGCGUGCUUGAAUUUCUAUCAGACAUUACCACCGAGACUCGUGUGUAGAGUAUGUGGCCAGUUUUCCCUCCUCAA